AUGUCGAGCUAGUAUGAAACUGAAAAUAACACCAUAUAAAAUGAGAAGAGUAAUUUUACUUCUGUAAAUAGUGAUACUUCACAAUAGUAGUGUAGGGCAUACAUAGUUAUGCUUAAAAAAACAAUUAAAGAGCUGCAUUCUAUGCUUAAAAUUAGAUUGAAAGUUGAAUUUCCUGAUUCCAUUUAAACUUUGAACCAAUUAAAUGAAAAGCUGCUUUCGUUUAGUGAAAUCGGAACUGAGGUAGAAAAUUUAUAUUAAGAUUUGCUUGAGUAGUCAAAAAUUUAUAAAGAAGGUCUCUAAAAAGCUUAAAAAUAUGAUAAAUUGGUGUUAAGAUUAUAGGAAAUUGAACAAGCUUAUAAAUAGUAAAACGAAGAGUUGAUGCAAAAAACAAAGCAACUUGAAGAAGAAAGUCAAGAAAAAUAAUAAAAAAUAACAUAAAUAUCAUCAGAAUUAAUUUAAAAAAUGGAAGAAGCUUCUAACUUUAAAAUAAAAUGCGAAACAAUUGAGAAUGACUUAAAACUUAAAACUUCAGAGAUUAACCGAAUAACUAUUGAAAGAGAUAAUAUAAAAAGAUAGUCUUAAAAUUUAAAUAGCUUAUUAAAAUAAGUAAAUGAAGAAAAAGAGGUUAAAACAUAAAAAAUGUAAAGUAUGGUUGAAGAAAAAAUAGAAGAUCUCAAAGAAGAAUUAAAUAGAGUCAAAGAUUACUAUUAAAAAAAAAUAUUUGAUAAAGAUAACAUGAUCGAAAAAUUAGAAAGAGAGCUUUAGCUCACAAAAAAAGAGCUAGAGCUAAAUGCAGAAUUCACAUUUUUAUAGUCAUCUAUGAGCAACAGUGCAUUCUAAUCUUACAAUACACAAAAUGUAUUCUAAAAUUAGCAAAACUAAAAGCCUCACAACUCUUCUAAUGCUCCUCUGCCAAAAAGUUCUUAACCAUCAUCCACAAAAAAUAAAAAAGAAGAGGCCUUUCAAACUGUCAAUACUAGCAAAUCAAAAUAGUAGAAGUAAACUAACUAAAGAUAAAAUGAAAAUUAAUUUAUCGGUGAUGAUUUGGAUGAUGAAAUAGAAGCUUUUUAGGUUAAAUAGUAAAAUAAAAAAAACUAAUAAAUUGAGUAAACAGAAUAAACCGAUAGGUCAAGAUAAACAUAGAUAACUAGUAAAUUAGAAUCUCCUUUCACUAGACACUCUACUAGAGAGGAUAAUGCUCUUAGAAGUAGUAGAGAAGGUAAAAUUAUGAAUUUAAGUAGUAUUUAGAAUAACCAUCAGUUCUAAGAAGAGGAAGAUGAAGAUACAUUAGCCUAGCUUAGUGAUAACUCAGAAGAAUGUAAUGAUAAAAAAUAAUUCAGUGCUUAAAUAAAAUAAUAAAAUUUGAAUAAUAGUGUAUCAAAAUAAUAAAAAAAUAAUUUAAAUACAAGCAGAUCUUCUGCAUAUAAUGAAAUAUCCAAAUAAAAAAACAAUCAAUAUAAUGAUCACUCUGAUUUAGAUUAAGAAGAAGAAGAAGAGAGUGUUUAAGAGAAUAUUAGAUUUAAGCAUAAUAAACAAAAUAACUUUUAAGAUAAUUCUGACUAAGAAGAAGAUGAUUAGGAAAAUGAAAUUGAUGAAGAUGAUGAUGAAAAAUAAGAUGGUGAUGAUGAUAAUCAUUAUGAAAACCAAUAAAAAAUUAUAAAUAGUGAUAAACUGUAAAAAAAUUAAAAAGAUUAAUAGUUUUUAUAAAAGCAGCUGUAAGAUUUAUCCUCAAACGAAGAUAAUUCAAUAAGUGGCGAAAUAAAUGUAAAUGAUGAAGAAUUUAGUGAGAAUGAUUCUAUUGACUAAGAAGUGAAGAGAAGACUUUAAAUUAAACAAUCUGAAAAUAAAAAUAAGAAAUAAUUUGAUAACUAAAAAAAUAUUUUAUCAACCAAUCGAUCAUUUGAUUCAUCUAGCAAAACUUAAAGUAAUUACUCAACACAUCAGCCUUAAAAAGUAUCUAAAUUUGAAGAUUAAGAUUUUAAAAAUGAAAAUUAAAUUAAAAAUAGCUCAUAAAAUAUAAAUAAUAUACUCUCUCAUAAAAGAAAUUAAAGCUAUGAAAAAUAAAAUAGUGAGCUAGAUUCUGAUGAAAGUAUGGUGAGAAAUGCAGAAUAAAUUAGAGCAAUCUAAAAAAAAAAGAAUUAAGAGAAAUUCGAAGAAAAUAAAAAAAAGCUCAUGCUAGCUAAGAAAUAAUCUUAAGAGUAAGAUUAAUAAACGAGUGAGGAUGAUUGA